UUUUAUACGGCACCAUUACUGGACUUUUAGUUUCGUUGAUCCUGGGAAUUUUGUUUAUCUGUGUUUUUUACGCCAUCACAAAGGAUUUGCAAAAUGGGAGUGAAAAUUUAUGGGAAGCCUUUUCUGCGUUGCUUGCCACAGUAUUGAUUACGCUGAUUGCAUUGUAUAUGUUGCGAGUGGCCCUAUGGAAAGAAAAAUUAGAAAUACAAGUAAAACACACGACAUUAACUUACUUAGAAAAAUAUGUGAGUGGAAAUAA